UUUUUAAAUAAUCCGAACUAUGGGGUUAUUCGCUCAAAAUGGUCCCAACCGGUCACCAAUUUAUUAUAGCAGGUUACAGUGGCACGUGUCACUACAUGAAUGAUUGUAAAAUAAAAAUUAAAUAAAACUUAAAUAAAUUUUUAAAAAAGGAAAUACUUAAAUAAUUAAACAAAAACCCAGCCCCACCCACAACCACUAUCCCCACCACCAACCAUGACCUCCUCGGAACCCCCCAACUCAGUCGCCGCUGGAAAUCCCCCGCGUCGGUGCCCAGACCUUUCCUCCGGCGUGCUGGCGCCGGCGCUCCCCUCCCAUACCCCCUAAAUCACCUAAUCCCGACCCCAAAACCACCAUUAUCUUAACUCGAACCUUUAAUAAUGCCCAGUCCCGCCGGCCAUCCCCCACCCUCGAAACCCUAGCGAGGUGGGAGAGGGCCGAUUGGGGGGUUUGUGCGGUGGAGUUGCGUUUUUUUAGGUGUUUCAGAUUUGAGUGAGGGGGUUUUCGAGUCGGGGUUUUGGUGGUUUAGAGGGUAGGGGGAGUGACAUCGCCGGAGUCGGCGCGAAGGAGAAGAGUUCUGGACGCGGCGGCGGUUAGGGGCAGGGAACGGGGUACUUGGGCGGUGGGAGGAGGUGGCUGCCGGAAAGUUGGUGGUGGAUGGGGUUGGUUUAUUUUUUUUUAUUUUUUUUUAAGUUUAUUAAUAUUGUUUAUGUUUUUCCAAAUAAUCAUGUGAUGACACAUGUAUCUUAAACAAAAAAAAAAAAACCUCUUUAGCAAGUUACCAGUCACGUGGAACUAUUUUGAGUGAAUAACCCUCAAAGUUCAGAUUAUUUAAAAAUAAUUCAAAGAUUGAGAUUAUUUUGAGUGAACCGGUGAAAGUUGAGAUUAAUUUUUUCAAAUGUUUAUGUGUUAGAUAUCGAUAAGCGAAGAGAAAUGGUUGAAAAGAGGGAAUUAAGUGAUAUGAAGUAUGUGACGGGUUGAUUAUGUGUUGAAGUUACGUGUUUUACAUAUCGAUGUUAGUUGAUGGUAGAGUGUGUUUUACCUAUUAGUUUUAUUUUGUUUAAAUUUUUUGAAGAUGCUUAAAAGAAAAAUCAAUUUACAUAUAACCAAACAAGGGAAAAUGUGUAGCAAAAUUACAUCUUCUAACGGAAAAGGUUUUUCGUGAAAAUCGUUUUCCAUUGAAAACAUUUUAUACCCAACCAAAGAGGGCUUAAAAGAAAAAUGAAAAAUGUAAAAAUCUUACAGGAUUAAAACGACGUCGCACACACAAACAUAAAGAAAGUCGCCAAAUCACAUGUGUUGUUCAUAGAAAAGCAGAGGAAAACUCAAAGUAAGUAACCAUGAGAGAUUCUUCAUUUGUAAGAAGCUUCAUUGUAUUCCACCGCCAUUACAUUCUUGAUUAGGGAGCAAGAAAAUGCCACGAUACAAAGAUGAGCCUCCUGCUGUUCGUGUAUAUACUGUCUGUGAUGAAUCAAAGUACUUGAUUGUGAGGAAUGUACCAGCACUGGGAUGUGGUGAUGAACUAAAACAACUUUUUGCAACAUAUGGAGAAGUUGAAGAUUGUAAACCUAUGGAUGCGGAAGAGUGUGAGGCAUUUACCGAUGUCUACUGGAUCAAAUUUCAUAUGAUCAGCAACGCCAGGUUUGCAAAAAGAAAACUAGAUGAGUCUGUUUUCCUUGGAAAUCGGCUGCAGGUGUCAUAUGCUACUGAGUACGAGACUCUGUCUGACACAAAAGAGAAGUUGGAAGGCAGGAGAAAGGAGGUUCUGGGACGAUUGAAGUCAGGAAGAUCUAGAGGUAAUGAAAUGCAAAGUAUAGGUGUUAGUAACCCUCCCUUGUUACACGGAUCUCCCUCACAAGUAUCUCAACAAUUGGACGUAAAGCAAGGAUGUUACCCCAAAGAAAUGGAUCAACUUUCUAAGGUAGAUCCUUCGUUAAUCACCAGGGUGUCCUCUGAUCAGGAUUAUUUCCCAUCCCAGUCAAUGAAUGAAACGGUUAGAAGGGUGAGAGAGAAGCUCGAUAAGAUAGAAUCAACUUCUUCAAAUAUGCAAUCUGGCCAGGCUUCAAAGAAAAUGCGAGUAGAUAAUAGAAGGAGGAUAUGACUGCCCUCUUUUUCAGUCUUAUGCAGUUUGUCAAUUGGUCGAGUCUCCUGUAAAUUAGACAGUCCUCUGAUAUUCUGAAAUGCUGGUUUUUUACUGAGUAAUGACUUGGUGGAUGUUAGGCUGUGUAAAUUUUGGUUUAUGCAUGUAAUGACAUUUUUUAAUGAGAAAUUUCCUAGUUCAUCUAUAUUUUUGAA